AUGCAUUUGUCUUCUGAUGCCCCCAGGCCAAUGGCCCCUCGGGUUCAGGCUAAGCCUAAGUCAAAGAUCUCAGCUUCGAGAAAGCUGUCUCUGAAAAUUCUGCUGCUGCAGAGAGCGAUGGAGGAUCUGGAGCAGGAGAAAGUGACCCGUGAUGAGGAGAAGGUCCGCUACCUGGGAGGACUCCAACCUCUGCAGAUGUCUGGGCUUGCAAUGGAUGAGCUACAGAAACUGUGCAGACAACUUCAUGCUAAAGUUGACGUGGUGGAUGAGGAGAGGUAUGACAUUGAGGCCAAAGUCAGCAAGAAUAAUAAAGAGAUUCACGAGCUGAAGCUGAAAGUGGAGGACCUCGGGGGUAAGUUUAAGAAGCCUGCUCUGAGGAAGGUGCGCGUGUCUGCUGAUGAGAUGAUGCGAGCACUGCUGGGGUCCAAGCACAAAGGCUCCAUGGACCUCAGAGCCAACCUCAAAUCAGUCAAGAAAGAGGACAUUAAACAAGAGAAGGUGCUGACCACUGAGGUAGGUGACUGGCGUAAGAAUGUGGAGGCCAUGUCCGGAAUGGAGGGCAGGAAGAAGAUGUUUGAUGCUGCUGGUGGAGGACAGUGAGCAGUGUUUAUAGUUUUGUAUAUAUGAGUGCGUGAGAGACUUGAUUAAAGUAGAAGAAUAAAAAUGAAAACUUGAACUCA